UCGAAAUCUCCUUACACACAUUCCAGCACGUCGCCCUCACUGUACGGCACAUUUGUGUCCAAUAAAGUUUUGUUUGAAAAAAAAAAAAGCAAACCGGAGUCACAUUGGUUCCCUGCGAGUGACGUGCCCGGCCGAGGUGGGCUCUGUGCAGAGGGCAGUGACAGCGACGGGAGCGGAGAGGACAUGGAUGGUCUUGGACAGAGGGGAGAUGUCAUCAGAGUCGGUACAAGGAAAAGCCAGCUAGCACGCAUCCAGACUGACAGCGUGGUGGAAAUGCUGAGUCAGAAGUUUUCGAAUGUUCAAUUUGAUAUUGUUGCAAUGUCCACAACAGGGGAUAAAAUUCUGGAUACUGCUUUAUCAAAGAUAGGAGAGAAGAGCCUCUUUACAAAGGAGCUGGAGAAUGCACUGGAGAGAAACGAGGUUGACCUAGUGGUUCAUUCACUAAAGGAUUUACCAACAACAUUACCUGCUGGUUUCACUGUUGGAGCCAUAUGCAAGCGUGAGAGUCCAUUUGAUGCAGUUGUGUUCCAUCCUAAACUUGCUGGGAAUAAGUUAGAAACUUUGUCUGAAAACAGUAUAAUUGGAACUAGUUCUCUUCGAAGAGCGGCUCAGUUAAAGAAAUUGUACCCUCAUUUAGAAUUCAAAGAUAUUCGAGGUAACUUAAAUACACGCUUGAAAAAACUUGACGAACAUGAAAAUUUCAGUGCCAUUGUUCUAGCAGCUGCUGGAUUGUGCCGCAUGGGCUGGCAAAGCCGUAUUGGCCAGAUCCUUUCCCCUGAAGAGUGCCUCUAUGCAGUGGGUCAGGGAGCUUUGGCUGUGGAGGUUAGAGCCAAAGACCAGAAUAUCUUGAACAUGGUGUCUGCCCUUCAGGAUCCUCAGACUGUUUUACGCUGUAUAGCUGAAAGAUCUUUCAUGAGACGACUGGAGGGCGGUUGCAGUGUGCCUGUAGCUGUAUGUACAGUUCUACAAGACUCCCAGCUGUAUUUAACUGGAGCGGUCUACAGCCUUGAUGGUUCAGAAUGCCUUAAAGAGACGAUGCAGACAUGUGUUGUUUUCCCAAAUGAGGAAGGCGAAUGUCCAGAUGAUGAUGUCCAACAUGUGGGUAUCACAGCACUUGGAGUAUCUCAUAAAGCUCUGAAAGCUGCUGAAAAUUUAGGAGCAGAUCUAGCGAACCUGUUACUAAGCAAAGGGGCCAAAGAGAUCCUAACUGUGGCCAGGCAGCUAAAUGAUGCCAGAUAAUAGCAUAUCACUACAGUUCAAGAAUAUAUGCCUCUUCAAUUUUGGGACAUGGACAUCCUUAAAAGACAUUGUCUGCUCUGUUCUUCUCCAUCCUAAUUUUUUGGCAUGCAACACUGCUUUGAGAAUGAUAAGGCUUUGGGCUGGUAUCCGUAGACUUCAUCUAGAACUGGAUUACUAUUAGGCCCCUUUGGAAUUCUCCAGACAGCGAUACCAGAGCAGUAGCUGAGGUUUUUGAGGUGUCAAGAUUGUCUCAAGGCAAAAAAUAUUUUUGUUCACUGUAGAAAUAUCUAAUUUAAUUAUUUUGAUAAAGAAGAAUGUUUUGGUCGA